AAUUGUAGGCCAUAGAAAAACUUUGCGUUUACAUUCAAAACAAUACUAGUAAUGAUAAAUAAGUGAACACCUACUGAUAAUUAGUUUCACAUCAUUUUCAUUUCUAACCACUCGAACAUAACAACAACUCAUCACUGCAAAAGCCUCUCCUCUCACCCCUUUGAAAUGGAUACAAAGAACCGUUUAUGGCUACCUGGUCUCAUCACACUUGCUGCAAUUCUCCUCACCUUUCUUGUGUUCAUUAUCAAGAAGAAGAAGAAGACCAGCAACACGUCAUUACCACCACCUUCCAACACUUCAUUACCACCACCUUCAUUACCACCACCUUCUAACACUUCAUUACCACCUUCCAACACUUGUUCAUCGUCCACCUCUCCACCUGCUGCUGCAGGAUGGAACUAUGAAGUCUUCUUGAGUUUCAGAGGCGAGGAUACUCGUAAGAAAUUCACUGAUUACCUCUACUGCGACCUUUCAGAGAAAGGAAUCCACACGUUUAGAGACGACAAGGCGCUUCGCCUUGGAGAGAAUAUUAGUGAGAUUCUCAACGCAAUCGAGCAAUCAAAGAUAUCCAUUCCCAUCUUUUCCGAAGACUAUGCUUCAAGUGAGUGGUGCCUGCGUGAGCUCACCAAGAUGGUUGAGUGUAUGAAGACUCGGGAGCACAUCAUAAUUCCCAUUUUCUACGACGUCAAACCGUCCGAUGUGCGAGAGCAGAAGGGGAGUUACGAAAAGGCCUUCCGGAAACACGAGAAGGAUUUUGAUGGUGAUACCGUGCAAGGUUGGAAGGACGCAUUGAAGGAGGUCGGGGGAUUGACGGGACGGGAACGGAAGAAAUUUGCUGAUGGGCAUGAAGGAGAACUGGUAAAGGACAUUGCUUUAGAGGUAUGGGAAAAGCUGAAAAGGAACUCAUUGGAUGUAAAUUAUGAACGCUUGGUUGGAAUUGAUGAUCAUGUAGAAGAAAUGAUGAAAUUGUUGAGUGUUAAUUCCAUUGAUGUAAGGAUUGUGGGAAUCCAUGGCAUGGGAGGUAUCGGCAAGACCACUAUUGCCAGGGUCAUCUACAACAAUCUCUCCCAAAAGAAAUCUGAAUUUGAAUCCUGUUGCUUCCUUGCAGACGUUAGAGAAAAAGCUCAACAACGCAAUGGUCUUGUUGAUUUGCAAAACCAACUUGUAUCGAGCAUCUUGAAACAGGGACACUCUGUCUUAAUUAGGUCUAUGGAUGAUGGCCUUAAUGCAAUCAAACAGAGAUUUUCUGGGAAGAAAGUUCUUGUUGUUGUGGAUGAUGUUGAUCAGAGAGAUCAUCUUCAUGCAUUUGCACUUUUGGGAAGGUGUGAUUGGUUUGGUUUAGGAAGCAGGAUAAUUGUCACAACUAGAAACGAAGAGGUCCUAAAUCUGCUUGAGGUAGAUUGUUGGACUUACAAGCUAGAGGAAUUGGAUGAUAGUCAAUCUCUUCAACUUUUCAGCAGACAUGCUUUUAGAAUGGACCGUCCCCCACAAGACUAUUACUCUCUCUCUAAAGAUGUUGUGUUUACUACUGGAGGGUUGCCUUUGGCUCUUGAGGUUAUUGGCUCACUUUUUAUUAGCAUCGGAAAAGAGGAAUGGGAAGAUACAAUAAACAAGUUGAAAAGCAUCCCGCAUAAAGAUGUGACGGAUAGGCUGAAAAUAAGUUACGAUGCAUUAGACGAUAAUCAACAAGAAGUAUUUCUUGAUAUUGCAUGCCUUUUCAUUGGGGUGGAUGAAAGAAUUGCUGUCCACAUGUGGAAAUUUGGCAAAGCAGAGAUAGGAGCUCUUUGCCGCCGGUUGUUGGUGAAAAUUGGAGAUAAUAAUGAGCUAAUGAUGCAUGACCAGCUUAGAGACCUUGGGAGAGAUAUUGUUCGUCAAGAAAAUGUUAAAGAGCCGGGGAAGCGUAGUAGGGUGUGGUUUCAUGAAGAUGCCAUCGACGUAUUGGAGAGGCAUGCAGGAACAACAAAGGUUGAAGCUAUCUGUGUUGACUUUCAAGCAGAGUCACAGAAAAAUUUAAGACGGCUUACAAAUACAGAAUUUGCAGACCUAUCUAAUCUAAGGUUCCUUCAAGUGGACUAUGCAAACCUGGAAGGAAAUUUUGAGGGUCUUCUUUCAAAGUUAAAAUGGCUUCGCUGGAACGGAUGCCCUCAAAAUUUUGGACCAACCAAUUUUCAUCUAAAGAAUCUGGUCAUUCUUGAUUUAUCAUGGAGCGAGGUCAGAAAAGAGUGGGAGGGUUGGAAUUAUAUCAAGAAUGCAACGAAGUUGAAAGUUCUAAAUCUCACAGGUUGCAAAAACUUGAUUACGACUCCCGACUUCUCUUCAUAUGCAACUUUAGAGAGAUUGAUUCUUAAAACCUGUUGGCGUUUGGUUGAUAUUGACCGAUCAAUUGGUGCCCUUUCAAGUCUUACGUCUCUCUAUGUACAUGACUGUGGAAAACUUCAAUGCCUUCCAGCUCUUCCCUCAAGUCUUACGUCUCUCGAUGUACAUAAUUGUCGAAAACCCUCAAGUCUUACGUCUCUCGAUGUACAUAAUUGUCGAAAACUUCAAUGCCUUCCAGCUCUUCCCGCAAGUCUUACAUCUCUCCAUGUAGAUAACUGUGGAAAACUUCAAUGCCUUCCAGCUCUUCCCUCAAGUCUUACGUCUCUCGAUGUACAUAAUUGUGAACAACUUCAAUGCCUCCCAGCUCUUCCCUCAAGUCUUGCGUCUCUAACUGUAAUUUGGUGUAAACAACUUCAAUGCCUUCCAGCUCUUCCCUCAAGUCUUACGUCUCUCCAUGUAAAAUAUUGUGGACGACUUAAAUGCCUUCCAACUCUUCCCUCAAGACUUACGUCUCUCAAUAUACAUAAUUGUGGACAACUUCAAUGCCUUCCAGCUCUUAGCUCAAGUCUUACGUCUCUCGAUGUAGAUACUUGUGAACAACUUCAAUGCCUUCCAACUCUUCCCUCAAGUCUUACGUCUCUCAAUGUACAGUAUUGUAAACAACUUCAAUGCCUUCCAGAUCUUCCCUCAAGUCUUACGUCUCUCUAUGUAUAUUUGUGUACACAACUUCAAUGCCUUCCGGCUCUUCCCUCAGGUCUUAUGUAUCUCAAUGUCAAACAUUGUGAGCCAAUGGAGAGGUUGCCAGAUCUGUCAAAUUUGAAAAACUUACCAAGUCUAUGUGUUAUAGAGUGUUUAAAAUUAAGGGAGAUUCCUUGCCUUGGAAGAUUAGAACUCCUAACAGAAUUACAUUUAGAUGGGUGUGAAUCACUAGAAACAUUACCCGAUCUUUCCAACUUCAAGAAGGUAAGGAAAUUAACGGUUACAGAUUGCAAGAAUCUGAAUGAAAUUACGGGCCUUGAUAGAUUGGAAUCCUUGGAAUAUUUGAAUAUGAGUGGUUGCACAUCCUUGGCAAGAUUGCCUGAUCUAUCCAAAUUGGAAAAGCUGGAAGGAUUAAAUCUCAGUUCCUGCGAGAAGAUACAUGAGAUUGAGGGUCUUGAGGAUUUGAAAUCCUUGAAGAAGCUGGAAUUGUCAUGGUGCACAGCCUUGGAGAAUGCACCUGAUCUGUCAAGACUAACAAAUUUAGAGAAAUUGGAACUUCGCCGGUGUAAGAAACUUGGUGAGAUUCGGGGACUUGAGAAACUCAAACUCCUACCAGAGUUGAACUUGAUGGCCUGCACGGCCUUGGAGAGGAUACCUGAUUUGUCCAAACUAACAAAGUUGAGGAAAUUAAAUCUUAGUGACUGUGAGAAACUUUCUGAGAUUUGUGGACUAGAGGAACUUAAACUCAUAACAGAGUUGAACUUGUCAUACUGUAAGUCACUAGAAACAUUACCCGAUCUUUCCAACUUAAAGAAGGUAAGGAAUUUAAGUACUGCAUUUUGCAAGAAUCUGAAAGAAAUUACGGGCCUUGAUAGAUUGGAAUCCUUGGAAGAUUUGAAUAUGAGUUAUUGCGAUUCCUUGGAAAGAUUGCCUGAUCUAUCCAAAUUGGAAAAGCUGGAAGGAUUAAAUCUUCGUUACUGCAAGAAGAUACGUAAGAUUGAGGGUCUUGAGGCUUUGAAAUCCUUGAAGAAGCUGGAUUUGUCAAACUGCACAGCCUUGGAGGAGGCACUUGAUCUGUCAAGACUAACAAAUUUAGAGAAAUUAAAUCUUUCCGAGUGUAAGAAACUUGGUGAGAUUCGGGGACUUGAGGAACUCGAACUCCUAUCAGAGUUGAACUUGGUAGCCUGCAAGGCCUUGGAGAGGAUACUUGAUUUGUCCAAACUAACAAAGUUGAGGAAAUUAAGUCUUCGUUGGUGUGAUAAACUUUCUGAGAUUUGGGGACUUGAGGAACUGAAACUCCUAGAAUGGUUGGACUUGUCAUGGUGUAUGGCCUUGGAGAGGAUACCUGAUUUGUCCAAACUAACAAAUUUAAAGGAAUUAGAUCUUUCGAGGUGUGACAAACUAGGAAAAUUACCAGACCUUCCAGAGCACUAUUUUGUUAUGCAUUGAAAUCAUGCAAGUCACUAGGAAAAUUGCAGGAUGUCAUGAACCCUUCCACUUCGAGGUGAUUUCGAGACUAUGGCUUAGUUUGAAGCGAAUGGAGUCAUGGAGACAUCGUUCUAUAAUUCUUGUGGAUUUUAGGGCUCGCAAUUGAAGCUCCAAAUUCACACAUGCAUGUCAAAAGAAUGAAUGAAAGAUCAAUUUCAUAAUCUCUUCAACUUCGAGAGGCCAUUAAUCUGUUAGGGCUCUACUUCAUGCAUUCAAUCAAUCUCUGAACAUAGAGAGACAAUCUUCGCUCAAGAUAUAUGUUAAUAAUGGUUAUAUAUAUCCAACAAGUCCUCAAUUGUGGUUUGGGAGCUGGGAAGGACCAAUGCUUCAAUUUCUGCUUCUAUGGAAAAAGCACACACUGGUAAGGUUUAAUGUCUUCAUAAAUACUAGGAGAUUCAUGGUACAACUUAAUUAAAUCAUAUUGUUUGAACCAUAUUUUGAAUUUUGAUGGCUAAAAAAAAAAAACACCCUCAUAAGAAAAGCUCAUAUUUGAUGAGAUGGUUAAUCUUUUAUUGGCUUGUCAAGUAAAUUUUUUAUCAUAUGAGCUGCAUUUAUUUUGCUAGAGCACAAGCGCCCUUUUUUGCCGCUAACUUGAGCAAUAUUACUUCUAUAUUAAGCCUUUUGGGACUGAUUUGGUCUCUAAUAUCAUUCAGGUACUUGAUAAUCUCUCUCUCUCUCUCUCAACAUGUGAAGUCUCAAACUGGAAUCGGCAAAAUAUCGCGAUUUUUAUCUCUCUCUCUCUCUCUCUCUCUCAACAUGUGAAGUCUCAAACUGGAAUCGGCAAAAUAUCAUUCAGGACUGAGAUAAAAGUUUCAAACUGGAAUCGGCACAAUAUCGCAAAGUGGAAGCCUUUGCUCAAUUUGGGUGAGAUUGAUCAUGGAUCUCUAAAUGAAUGCUUGUUUUCAUUUCCUAAUGGCUAUGCUAUGGUUGAGUGGUAUUUUUGGUUGCUUAACCAAUUUUAAUCUCGAUUCCUAGAUUUGGUUGGGUGUUGCCUGUCCACUCUGUGUUGGUGUCAUUUGACUUGUUCUGCUCUUCAGUUGGAUGGUGCUCUUUAGUUAAUUGCCUUUUGUGUUGUUACCGGAUGAUAUUGUUGCUCUUCAUUUGUAUUCUGCUAAUUUAGCAGAUCUGAUGUAUACUAUACUAUUGUGCUACUACACAGUUGUAUAUAUAUUGACUGAAAUUAUACAAAAACAGUUGUCAUUGUUCAUGUCAAAUGGAGUUAAUUCAAUAUUUUAUUCAAUGCA